AUGUCAGGUCCCUCCAAGACCUCAUCUGUGCUUCUCAACAGCAGCAGCCUCGGCGUCCUCACGGAGGAAGACGAAACGGAAUCGGAUGCAGAUGACGAGGGGAUUGACAUGAUCUCGAAUACAUCGUCAACCGCAGACAUGCACGAGACGCCUGAAUCAACUCCGGCUGGACCCACGCCCUCUCGUCUCCGGGAACUGCACUUGGUCUCAUCCGUCUCAAGCCAAGGAUCUAGCAACCGCCGCAGCUCAAACCCAGAUGUUGCACGGAGCCUCGCGUCUGCUCGCGAAACGCCCACAAAAGGUGGGUAUGGAAGUAUUGGACGUGGUCGGCCCCGUCCUCUAGCACUGGAUACAACCAGCGCCUCUGCAUUCAAGGCUGCCAAUGCGGCGUCUCCCAGCAAGGGUGCACGUCCCUCAAGCCUCAACCUUGGCCGCCGACCCUCAGGUACGCGUGCGAGCUCCAUAUCGUACAAGAAGGACGACAGCGGUAGCGGGUCAUCAUACGAUUAUGCGAGUUCGCGCGGCAUUACCUCGCCACCGUCAAUCGCUGGAGAGAUUGCCUCUCCCCCGUCGGUGAUGUCGCCCCUUGCCGAGUGGCCCUCGGGAGCUCGCGGUGGGACUCGUCCGUGCCCUCGUCCCCGCAGUGCGAUCCUUGGCACCUCUGGACGCGUCCUUGGCGAGGUCGACGAGGAAGGAGAGGACAAUUCUUUUCGCUCCUAUGAUGAGGCGCUUUCGACUGGGCGAGCCAGCACCGAGGCGUCGCGCAACAGUUACGACGGCUCAAGUUGGCCUGCAACUGCUCGCCGUGACAGCCGUGACCGCAUAGAUGCCGAGCUGGAGCGUGAUGCCUUGCGCGAGGACGUUGACCUGUGGCGCAAGCGAUGCCGAGGCCUGGAAGAGCAGGUUGAAGCAGAGCGUCGCGAGAAGCAUGUUUACCAGGAGCGUGCCCGGAAGCUUGGCGACCGCCUCCUUGCCGUCUCUGCCGCGUCCAGUGCGAUGACUCCCGCCAAGGAGCGUGAGGCAGCGCAGGACCGCCUCAUCGCAGAAAUGCGUGACCAAUUGUUCAGCCUGACUGCGGCUUUGGAGCGUGAGCGCAAAGAGAAGAAGGACAUUCUAGGCCACAUGGCGGAUCUUCAGGCGGCUCUCGAUGGGUCGCGAACGCCACACGUCACGCCCAACUCUCUGCCCACCACGCCCAAGUCACGCCCGCGCAAGUCUUCGACAGCCAACGGGUUUGGAACUCCACCAGAGGCCCAGUACGCCGACGCUGAUAUCCUCGACGCCAUGAGCGACGAUGACCCGGCGCCUACCCCGUCCGGCGAUGACAACAAUUGGCGCCGCAUGCGCGGGUUUGCCUUCCCCCAGGGUCCUGUGGAGAAGGGUGCUAUGGAGAAGCUUGACCGCGAAAGCAAGCGCGAGUCAUUCUUCGGCCUCUCGCGUCCCCGCGCCGUGCGUGCUGCACCGAGUAUUGGGGGACUGGGUCUCGACUGGGCAAUGUCGCCAACAGAGCCAGGCUUCGACCUUCCGCCAAUUGAGGUUAACGAGGCCAACCGCGACCUCAUCCGCCCCGCGUCAAUUUUUCUUAAAACGAAGACUGCGUCGAGAACUCUACGGGAGCGCGAGGAGCGCGACCAUCGCGAUUAUCGCGACCGCGUGACCGAGUACGAGCGCCCUCAAGCUCGUCCCCCUGCGCCAACGCGCCCUUUGCCACCCGUUGACAUCACUCCAGAGCGCCAGUCUACAGCGCCCGCGAGCGGCUUUGGUCUUGGUUUCUUGUCUGGGUAUCUGCCCAUUCCGCGCACCACCCCGCCGGUGGUGCCCCGCGUGCUGGUGACCCCGUCGACCGUGUCGCCCAAGAAGGCACCGAGACUACUGGAGCGUGAGAACUGGACACACCACGUCGCUAGCGCGGCCGGGGCCAUUGACAUGCGUCACUCGUGCCGCCGCUGUGUGGGCGAGAUUAUCGAGCUAUAG